GUGUCGCUGCUGGCCAAGUUCUCGCAACUGGCGCCUCGAUCACUUACUAUUCCAGCAUAAUGGCAUUGACUUUACGCUUUCUAAUUGCCUCCUUCUCCACGGUGCUGCCUUGGAGUUACUGUCGCGAGGAGUGGGGCGACAGCUGCCUCAACGAAACGGCGUCAACAGGGGUUAACGGUACUCAAAUGAUCGUCUCGAAAAUGUCGUCAGCUGAAUUGUACUUCCAGAAGGAAAUUUUACAUGAACAAGAUGACAUUUUCCAUGGACUUGGCAUGCCCAAUUGGGAGUUGGUCGGCUGCUUGGCGGUGGCAUGGUUUAUUAUUGGUGGCGUGUUGAUAAGAGGCGUCAAAAGUUCCGGAAAAGCUGCCUACUUUCUUGGUGUCUUCCCAUACGUGGUCUUGUUGGUACUGCUGUUACGUGCUGUUACACUACCCGGCGCCAUGGACGGCAUCAUUUAUUUUUUCAAGCCACAAUGGUCGGAGCUACUGAAUCCUCUGGUCUGGUAUGCCGCAGUCACACAAGUUUUCUUCUCAUUGGCCAUCUGCUUCGGCACCUUGAUCACUUACGCGUCGUACAACAACUUUUCACGCAACGUCUACAAAGAUAUUGUGAUCAUUACCACGAUGGAUUCUUGCUCCUCCAUCAUCGCCGGCUGCAUCACAUUCGGCAUACUCGGCAAUUUGGCCUUCAAAACUGGCGCAGCCGAUGUGGCUAGCGUGGUUAAGGGUGGCGCUGGCUUGGCUUUCAUCUCGUAUCCCGAUGCCAUAGCGAAAUUCGAAUUCAUUCCACAGGCAUUCGCGGUUCUUUUCUUCCUCAUGCUAUUCGUCUUAGGUAUCGGCAGCACGGUCGGCAUGGGCUCUUGCAUUGUACGUGUGAUACGUGAUCGUUGGGUGCGUGCGCCGAACUGGACGCUGGCGUUGAGCCUGGCUGUGUUGGGUUUCGCCGUGAGCAUUGUCUAUAUGACACCGGGUGGACAGUUUGUGUUGAAUUUGGUGGAUUUCUAUGGUGUUUCCUUUACGGCGCUAAUUUUAGCGAUCGGCGAAUUAUUGGCCGUCGGUUGGGUGUAUGGCGUGAAGCGUUUCUGUGCCGACAUUGAAUUCAUGAUUGGCUUGAAAACCGGCAUUUACUGGCGCAUCUGCUGGGGUCUCAUAACACCGGGUCUAAUGCUGGCUGUGCUCAUUUAUACGCUCAUCGAUUUGAAGCCGUUGACAUAUAAGAAUGUCGACUAUCCACGGAUUGCGCACGUUUUCGGCUGGUGUUUGUCCGCUAUUGGCCUCUUGCAAAUACCGGGUUGGGCUCUAUACAGCAUCUGCAAGCAGUCAAAAUCCGCUGGUUUGCUUAAAAAAUUCAAGGCCGCCGCUGCACCUGCAAAUGCUUGGGGUCCACUGGAGAAAACUAAGCACGAAGAGUAUGUGAAUCAACGCCGCAAAUUUGAACUGCAAGCAAAGCAGCGAACAAUUUUACAAAGCGCUUAUGAUAAUUUGUUUGGUUAGGUUACCAUUUGUGUAUGAAAAUUGUAUUUCUUUAUUAAUAUCUACGAUUUACGCAAUUAUUGUUUGCUUUUAUUUAAAAUAAUAUUUUAAAAUAAGUGUUUAACAAAAGUCUUGCAUAAAUGGCAUAAAUGUUAAUUUCAGCUUAGAAUGUAUGUAUGUGUGUUUGUAGUUCACAAUUCGCCUUGCAGCAAAUAAAUAUGUAUGUACGUAUAAAGAAAG